AUGCCAGCCCUCGGCGCCCUAGGCGCAAACUUCAACGAGAAUUUGAACUGGCUCAACCAAUCUGAACUCAAACGCAUAAACACAAAAUGGGUCCGCGGCUUCAUCGACAUGCACCAAAUAAACAUCCAGCAAGCUCGCGAAAACGCAAACAUCAAAUGCCUAUUCAACGCCAUUGACGCGGGCUACAAUACCAUCCUAAGCUUCAAAUGGAACUACACCAACCUAGACUUCCCUAAACCCGGAAGUCCACAACACAAAACUGAACUUGAGACUCUAUCCCGCCUCCUGGACAUCGUCAUGAACCACGUUGAUAUCAUCGUCAUCGGAAACGAACCGUUUAUCGAGGCAAAGGCAGAUCAAACCGAUUCUAGAAUAAACAUGUUCUACGAGAGCCUCGCGGAGGUAGUAAUCUCCUACCGCAAAUCCUCACCAGGUCCCAAAAAUACAAGACUCUACAUGGGCGCUCUCAAUAGACUUGACCUGCCCGCAAAACGCACGCCGGCAACCGAGCGCUUCCUGCAAUAUUUAGCCUCGAAGCCUGAGCUUGACGGUGUGGAUCUCCAUCUUCAUAUCCAGGGACUAGCAGGCCACAAAUCGAUGCUCGAUUAUGCACUUUCGAGACUCCGCCCUGAUCAGAAGUUCCUGGCAACUGAGUUUUCACUCGUCUGGCAUUUUAGACAGCAUAUGGCAGAUACGGUGUCUAGGGAGUUCUGUACUAAGUAUGGAUUCCCGAUGGAGGCAAAAGUGUGUGAGGUUCUAAGUGCGGGGAUUCAUAGUCCAAUGCCGUUAGAACAGUGGGUGGACUUUUUGAGAGGCGAGAAGUGGUAUGCAGGGGUUCAGGGCUUCAUUGUACAGGCUAUGGAGAUGUAUAGGGCUACGGGGAGGUUACAAGUUGCUACGUAUGGGCUUUCGCCGAUGCGGUAUCGGAAGAAGGGCUUUGAGGUUGGGGAUACGCCUUGGUUGCUGAAUGGGGUUUUUGCACCGCCUACAGUUUGGUCUGGGGAGGAUGGAGAGAGGUGUGAGAAUUGGCCUUGGGCGGAAGAGUUUCGAGCUGUACAGGGCUGA